AUGGCUGGAAAGCUGACGGCUAAGCAAAGUUUCACUUCACAAGUAAAGAGAAUUCGUCCGUACAAAGAAAGGCUAGGAGGUCCGUGUAAAAGACCGGAGAGUCUAAAAAGAUCGGGCGGUCUAAACAGAUUAGUUGGUCUGAAAAGAGAUUCCAUAUGGAAAGGGGUUCCGCAUGGAAAUGAAAUCCACGUGGAAUUACCUUCCACACAGAAAGGAAAUCGACAUGGAAAGGGAUUCCGUAUGGAAGAGGAUUCCACAUGGAAAGGGACUCCAUAUGGAAAGGAAACCAUAUAA